CCGUAGCCCCACCUGAGCUAGCUCGGACUGGCCCGUGCGCAGCUGUACAGCUGUGGGUCGGAGUAAACGCCAGCGCCCCUACACUAAAACAGAAGACAGUUGGAUAAUCAUAAACAGGAGCAGCAGCCAUGAUCAAGGCAGCGGAGAUGGGCCACAACUCGUGGGAGCUGACGGUGGUGGUGGACCAGCGGGACCUGGAGGAGAGCAUGAAGUUCCGCAUGCGGGUGGAGGGCACACUGCACAUAGGAGGACUCAUGCUGAAACUGGUGGAGAAGAUCAAGGCGCCCCAGGACUGGUCGGACCAUGCGCUGUGGUGGGAGCAGAGGGGCUGCUGGCUGCUGAAGACCCACUGGACGCUGGACAAGUACGGCAUCCAGGCAGACGCCGAGCUGCACUACACCCCUCAGCACAAGCCCCUCAGCCUGCAGCUGCCCAACAUGCGCACCAUCUCCCUCUCCGUCUCCUUCUCCAGCGUGGUCUUCAGGACCGUGGCCGAGAUAUGCAGGAUACUCAGUAUCCGCAGAGCGGAGGAGCUGUCGCUGCUGAAGCCUCCAGACGACGCCAAGAAGAGGAAGAAGAAGGACAAGAGCCCAGAGUGGCAGGUGGACGAGAUGUUGACCAAGGACAUUUUAGACAGCACUGCCACCGGAGUCUCAGGAAGUCCCGGGUUCUACAGCACCAGCAUGACGUUCCAGACGGAGAACGGCUUCGUGUACAACCCCAGGAGCCCGCUGUCCAAGUGCCAGCUCAACGUCCCCCCUGACGAGCUGGCCAAGAUGUACCAGCCCCUGGACCUGGAGGACAAGGCUGUCAUCAACGCUGGUUGGCUGGACUCCUCGCGGUCCUUGAUGGAACAGGGGAUCCAGGAGCACGACAGACUGCAGUUGCGCUUCAAGUACCACUGCUUCUUCGACCUCAACACAAAGUAUGAUGAAGGGCGCAUCACCCAGCUGUAUGAGCAGGCGCGAUGGUCCAUCCUGCUGGAGGAGAUCGACUGCACAGAGGAGGAAAUGCUCAUGUUCGCUUCACUGCAGUACCACAUCUGCAAGCUGACCAGCAUGUCGUCGGAUCAGAACAACCGCUCGGACGAGGCCGAGGUGGAUGAGGUGGAAGCGGCCCUGUCCAACCUGGAGAUGACUCUGGAGGGGGGAACUGCAGACAGCAUACUGGAGGACAUUACAGAUAUCCCCAAACUUGAAGAUUACCUCAAGCUCUUCAGACCCAAGCGAUUAACCCUGAAGCCGUAUAAGGAGUACUGGUUCAUCUUCAAAGACACCACCAUCUCCUACUACAAGAACAAGGAGUCCGCUACUGGAGAACCCAUAGAACAGCUACACCUCAGGGGCUGUGAGGUGGUACCUGAUGUGAAUGUGACGGAUAAGAAGUUUGGCAUCAAACUGAUGAUCCCUGUCGCUGAUGGCAUGAAUGAGGUCUACAUUCGCUGUGAAGAGGAGACGCAGUACGCCAAGUGGAAGGCCGCCUGCAUCCUGGCCUCCAAGGGCAAGACCAUGGCCUACAGCUCGUACCGCACGGAGGUCAAGAACAUCCAGGCCUUCCUGCAGAUGAAGAGUCUGGCGCCCCCCACAGGCGAGACCACGCCCGACCCGGACUCCAUGGACAUGAACGCAGACAGCUUUGUGUCGCCGCGCGUCGUCAAGAAGUACAAGUCCAAACAGCUGACCACGAGGAUUCUGGAGGCACACCAGAAUGUGUCCAAGCUGUCCCUGAUCGACGCCAAGAUGCGCUUCAUCGAGGCCUGGCAGUCCCUGCCGGAGUUUGGCAUCAAGUACUACGUGGUCAGAUUCAGGGGGAGCAAAAAAGAUGAGGUCCUGGGGAUCUCCUACAACCGACUAAUCCGGAUAGACCUGUCCACAAGGCUGCCGGUCACCACCUGGAGGUUCUCCAACAUGAAACAGUGGAACGUCAACUGGGAAAUUAGACAGGUGACUAUUGACUUUGACCAGAACGUGUCCUUGGCCUUCUCCUGUGUGAGUUGUGACUGUAAGGUUGUUCAUGAAUACAUUGGCGGCUACAUCUUCCUCUCGACCCGCUCCAAGGACCAAAACGAGACGCUGGACGAGGACCUCUUCCACAAACUGACCGGCGGCCAAGAGUGAUGGUGUCACUACUGCCGACACAAUGUUGUAGAUCAGAAGGUUUUUUUCGUCCAGCGUUUCAAGAACGAGAGUUUAGAACAAACCGUCUCAUGUGUAUGUAGUUUAUGUUAGCUUUGAGUCCAGGAUCAAAGUAGUGACUGAAGCAGAUGGCUGAUGGUACUACCACUGGUUGAUGUCACAGUAACUUUGUGUCCAGUGUUUCAAGAAAUACAGUUUCAGAACAAAUCAUCUCAUGUAGUAGUUUACAAUAACUUUGAAUGCAGGACCAACCAACCUAGAGGGUUUGUGGUUGCCUUUUGAGAAUAUAUCAGGAAUGUCUUUAUCUGCCUUGGCAAGAAGGGUGCAUAAUAAGCUGAUCACUUGCAUGAGGUUAAUGGAGGUUAGUGGUGCUCCCAUCUGAUGGCAGAUUCAUUAGCAGUAGGCUCAUCUGUUGUGGCUCAGGUCUGGCAUAAACUCAAACCAGCCAGGUCAACGACUUAGUUAGCUAUUCCAGCUCACUGUGGGGAAAAUCGUACUACAUGUUCACUUCAUAGGAAAAGCAAAGGUAAUCAUUGAGCCAUGCUUGCUCAAUUGAAUCAAUGAGCCAUGCUUGCCUGUUUCUAGUCUAUGAUCAAAUGUUUUUUUUUUUUUUAAAGAAACCAAGCUGCUUUUUAACUACAUAUCUUGUAUUUUUUACUGCCUUAUACUGUUCAAGUAAAGGAGAAUUCCUGGCAAUUUCAACAUGCCGUUUAAUUGCACACCAUACUCGGGACUUACUCAACAAAGCUGCAUUUUUUUGUAUGCAGCCACCUUCAAAUAUCCUGGCCAGUGGCCAUUGAAAUGGCGCAUGAUUUGUUUACCUUUUUAAAUGUGUCUUAACAUACUUCAAAUAUCAUCCCAAAAGUUAUUGUUGUGUUUAGGUGUCUGCUGGUGUUGGACACAAUUUGGGAUGAUAUUUUUGAGUAUGUGAAAGUAAUAAAAACUGCAGUAAUAAAAAAUAAAAUAAAAACAGCUGGAAUUCUCAAUUCUCUGCCAUAGUCAUCUGUUGUGGUUUUGGUGAGAGAUACAUGUGAUACUAGUAAAUGUCCAUGUCACAUGCUGGUACAGAAGAACAAAAUAAACUGCCAACUGCCAAAAUGUAAACCCUGCUCCUCAUCUCCCUUGAAGACAACCUAUAAUGUUCACAACCCUGCUGCUUGGAUUCAGGAACAUCUUGUAUUCUGUCAAUGAGAAACUGGACUUUUCUGACUGUUUUUAUUCCACUGCCUUUUAAAUGCAUUUUCAAGAAAUAUUUUUUUUAUUAAGCCAGCAUAAUAGUAGAUGUUUUUUUGUGCUGAUGUGACUUGGAAAAUGGACUGU